UCUCGCUGCAGCAGUUUAGAUCCAUAGCUUUGAUGACACAUUUGAGGUUAUGAGCAAGUAUUUUUUUUUAAACAUGAGACGCUAAAAAUGGAAGGGAAAAAUAAACCAGGGGGUAAAGUGCACUUCAUCUGCAGUGAGGAAUUUCAGAGGUCUGGGGCUCUCAGUCGUCUCAUUCUCUUCCAAGAACACUUCUCCUUCCUGUUUCACCUCUGGCAUGCCGCCCAAAGUACCCACAAACCACGGAGGCCAAGGCCGAAAAUACACAGAUGAUGCUGACAGCAACGAGGAAGGAGGGCCAGAAGACGGUCCUGUGGAGGAGGAAGGCUGGUUUGGGAAUGCUUCUGACACGCGCUCAGAGUCGUCAUCCUACGGAGACACCCAGGAUGAGCUCCUCCUGCCCAGGGGCUCCUCUCCUGAUGAGCGCCCUGGAGUCAGCUCAGGGUCUGGGGACCAUGAUACCUGCGAAGGUGAGAGCUCAAUGGGUUGCCCCACACCUGUCCAUCGUGCCUCUUUGGAACUUCUCGGACUGGAUGGAGGUGCAUUCUCGCCCCAGGACACACUCUCGUCUGUGGUGUCAACACUCUACGGUGAGGCUGCAUCUCGUGCCCUGGGGAAACCCCUCAGCAGCAACCUACGGCGCCUCCUAGAGGCUGGGUCACUGAAACUUGACACAGGGGAGCUUCUGGGUCGUUCAUCCAGGGGUGGUGCUGGAGGGGAGUCACCACCGAUAGGUCUAGCUCCACCUUUGACCCUCUCCCCUUCUUCCCACCAUGCCCAGCAGUUAAGUGCUCUAGCCCGAAAACUGGCUAAUAACAACAACAACAGUGGCUCAGCCUCACCGGCCUCCUUGGCACCCUCAGUUACCAACAUAAAGCAAGAGCCCCUUGACCCCUUUAACUCUAUAACCCCAAGCAAUGGCAGUGGCUUCGUAUGGGCAGGUGUUGCAGAUAAAUGGCCACCAGCCAGCUGCUCCACACCCUGCGGAUCCAGCUUAUCCCCCGACUCUGCCAUCCAGAAGUUAAAAGCCGCAGCUAAUGCCGUACUUCAAGACAAAAAUGCCGUGGCUUCCUCCUCUACGAACUCCUCCUCCUCCUCCAACUCUGCCUCUUCUGCAGUGCCCACCCUAGGAGGAGGGAGUCGAGGAGAUGAUGUGGUGCGCUUUGAUGCCUUCAACUCUCCUUUCAGCCCACAGUCAGCUAGCUCCACCCUCGCAGCACUCUCCAAGAAAGUCAGCGAGCGGAGUCAAACCUCUUCAACGACCAGCACUGCUACUGACCACCAAGCCUCAGCCAGCUCCUUCCUCUCUCUUGUGUCCAUGACCUCCUCAGCUGCCUUGCUCAAAGAGGUGGCAGCCAGGGCGGCAGGAAACCUGCUGGUAGAGAAAAAGGAUGGUUCCUCCUUAGCGUCAGCAGGGGUCCUCCAAGAGGAUGUGAAGCCCCUGCUGGACAGAAACCAGAAGACUCCCACACCCUCUACACCCACCCAAAGCCUAGAGCUGCUGUUGCCCUCAACUCCAAAGGUCAGAGGCAAACCCAACAGCCAAGCAGGCUCUCCUGAGGAUGGUGGCAAACCAUUCCAGUGUCCUGUCUGUGGACUGGUCAUCAAACGCAAGAGCUACUGGAAGAGACACAUGGUCAUCCACACAGGCUUGAAAAGUCACCAGUGUCCCUUGUGUCCCUUCCGCUGUGCUCGCAAAGACAAUCUCAAGUCCCACAUGAAGGUACAUCAGCACCAGGACCGGGGUGAGACGUUUCAGUGUGAACUCUGCCCCUUCACCUCCUCCCGUCACUUCAGCCUAAAGCUUCACAUGCGUUGCCACCAGCACUUCCCCCGCACAGACGUCAAGGUGAAAGAGGAGCUCACCACCGACACAGAGGGCGAGGGCUCCCUGAUGGGUGACAGUGGCUCCACAGACCUGCGAGGGUCAGAGGCGUCGCCACUGCACUCAGACACACAGCAGCAGACGUCACCGCCGCUGCUCGAGGCCUCCUCAAAUCACGUUCACAUAAAGGAGGAGCCGCAGGAUCGAGAUCUGUCUGUUCUCUCCCCAUUUAGCAUGUGCAGGGACCGUCCUAGCAGCAGUACCAACUCCCUGGACCUGCCUGGGGUCGGGAUCAGAUCCAGUCCAAGUGGUCCAACCACAGCCUCCCUCUUCAGCCCUGACAUCAGUACCAAGACAGCCACUGACCUGCUUAUGAAGCUUUCAGCGGCCAACCAGAGAGAGACACUGAAGUCUCCAUUCCGCCUAAAGGAGGAGCCCAAAGUGGAGGAAGCCUUGAGUCCUAGACCUUCCUCCACAUCACAGAGCCAGGUCCAGCCAGGCUUCACAGCAACAUUCUGCCAGGACAGGAUAGCUGGGGCUGCAGCAGCCACAGAGCGCCUGGGACCACUGAAGCCAAGGGAAGGAAGCCCCAUGUCUAAGAACAGCCUGUUGAGCCAGGACAUCAACUUCAAAGUGGCCUCUGAGCUUCUGAUUAAGCUUUCAGGUAGGCAAGAGAACAACAGAGAUGCCCAGUACCAGAAGGUGAAAGUAAAGGCCGAGCCCAUGGAGGUGGACCCGCCCCCUGCAGAUCUCACCCCUCCUGCCUCUCACCUGCUGGCCUUCAGCACUUUAGGAGCGAGUGAGAAGAGUGAGCCGAUGAGUAACCUCCCCGAGACGUUGGCCCGCCCACAGAAAGACCUCUUCUCGCAGGACAUAUCGGUCAAAAUGGCCUCGGAACUACUGUUCAAACUGUCAGAAAAAGUCAGCAAAUCCAACAACCAUAAAGACAGUAACAUGGUGGGGAUAAACAGUCCGUUCCUGGACGAGUGCUUCAGACAAUCACCCUUUAACUCGCGCUCCAAGAGCUCUUCCCCCGCAGAGGCCAGCUCUUCUACCAGGGCAGCAUUUCAUGACUCAGUAAAGGAUGAUGGGGAGCCGGGAAACGGGAUCGCCCAGUGGAGACUAAACGAGCAGCUCUUCCCCUGCCCCGUCUGUGGAAAGGUGUUCGGCCGACAGCAGACUCUUUCUAGACAUCUGUCUCUACACACAGAAGAGAGGAAGUACAAGUGUCACCUGUGUCCUUAUGCAGCCAAGUGCAGGGCUAACCUCAAUCAGCACCUGACCAUCCACUCUGUCAAGCUGGUCAACACAGAUGCUGAGCAGAUCGUCAGCGCCGUUACAGUCGACUCUGCUGAGCGAAAGAACUGCCCUUACUACUACAGCUGCCAUGUGUGCGAUUUCCAGACGGAGCUGAACGCCCAGUUUGUCAGCCACAUGUCGCUCCAUGUGGACAAGGAGCAGUGGAUGUUCUCUCUCUGCUGCAGCGUCUGUGACUAUGUCUGCAUGGAGGAGAACGACAUGAAGAGCCACAUAAGUACGGGGCAUGCAGGUCUGAACUCAAGAAGUCCCCUCAGUGAGACCAAGAGCACCUCCUCGUCCCUCUCUGCCCUCAGUGACUCUCUCAACAGCUCGGAGGGCGGAGACCUCACCCACGGUAAUGAAGAACUUAGGGGCCUGCUUGCCCCGCCCUCCUCCGCAGGCAGCCAGUCCAGCUCUGGAAGCCACUCGGGAUCAGGAACUGAGGACAAGUCUGACAAAGGCUUCGAGUGUGUCUUCUGCAACUUUGUGUGCAAGACGCGUAGCAUGUACGAGCGGCACCUCCAGAUCCACCUCAUCACGCGAAUGUUCGAGUGCGACGUCUGUCACAAGUUCCUUAAGACGCCUGAGCAGCUGCUGGAGCACAAGAAGUGCCACACCGUCCCCUCCGGAGGGCUCAAGUGCCCUUUCUGCAUCUACUCCACCAAUCGUCCAGCGGCCAUGGAGUGCCACCUUAAGACGCACUGCAAGAUGGAGUACCGCUGCCGCAUCUGCCAGGGACUGUGGCCUGACCAGGCCUCAUUGGAGGCCCACAUGCGGGGGCACCGCCUGGGCAACCACUACAAGUGUGAGCAGUGUGGCUACUUGUCCAAGACGGCCAACAAGCUGAUCGAGCAUGUGCGCGUGCACACAGGCGAGCGGCCCUUCCACUGCGACCGCUGUUCUUAUAGCUGCAAGCGCAAGGACAACCUCAACUUGCACAAGAAGCUGAAGCACGCGCCACGCCAGACUUUCAGCUGCCAAGAGUGCCCUUUCACCACCACACACCCCUUCGUCUUCAGCCGCCACCUCAAAAAACACCAGAGCGGAGGAACGGGGGGACUGGGUGGAGGAGAAGAAGAGGAGGAGGAGGAGGAGGAGGAAGAAGAGGCGGUGGAGGAGGAGCUGCCUCUGCAGGGAGUGUCACCAGGGGGGUCGACGAUGCGAAAAAGCCAGGAGAACUUCCUUUUAUUUGGGGGAGGGGGAAGCAGUGGAGGGAGUGGGAGUAACAGCCCCCUCACGAGUCUAACAGCGUCUCAGGCACUGCAGUCGGUCGCUCUGUCACUCACUCUCGGUAAGUCCCACCAGCUGAACGCCAGCAGCCCUCUGCGCCGCCUGGGCAGCACCAACUGUAACAACUCUACCAGAAACCUGGGCGGCCUGAGCGGCCUGAGCGGCGGCAGCCCUCCUCUCUUCCUUUCCUCCUCCCGCCAUGUGUUCGAGCAGUACAGGAACUGCGAGCGAGCACACCUGAUCCCCCUCACCACCCUGUUCACCCACAACAGCCGCUUCACAUUCCACUCGCACCUCCACUCCAGAUGGCGGCCCGCCACAUCUCCUCUUCUCUUCUGCUCCAAUCCAGCUUCCCCCUCCAGCUCUCCCCCCUCACCCACCUCCCACAAACACUCCUUCCUGGCCUACCUGGGACUGAUGGAGAGGGCCAAGACUGUUUGACCUCACCCUCCUCCUCCUCCUCCUCUCCUCUCCUCCCCAUCCGCCUCACCUCGCUGUUUCUCUCAACUCCUCAGACAGUGGUGUGAAUGACACUUGACCACUGCAGAGGGAGCCACAUCUUUUCCAAUCAGACCAGCAGAAUAAGCUGGAGCAGACAAACAUAUUGAAGAAAUGAUAAAAAAAAAAAAAACAUUUAUAAGAGAAAAAGGCUGUACAUGCUAAAAAUGCAUUUAUAUCAAAAGCUGCUUUUCUUAUCAGUUCUAUCAAUUGAAUUAUUACUACUUCAACUACUACUCUCUAUUCCCUUUUCUCUCUGUUUUUUAAAUGUCUGAAUGACCUGGACCCAGUUGCAUUAUCUGAGGAAACUAAUGUAUCUCAGUUUUAUAGAUAUUUUUCUUUAGUCAUUUGACAAGAUAUAACAUUGAAAAAGAUGAAACAAAACUUGCAAGUGCUAUAUUUUAGUGCAUUUUUGUCUAUUGCUAUUAUGCAUUGAAAUAGCAUGCCCGUUUCUGUGUUUCAACUAGCUUUGACGUCAUUAGAAAGCUAAAAUUUGAGAUAUCCUAAAGUGUUAGCGGUGCAACGUGGACAGAACCAAUGAAACGGAACGCUUUUCAUUGAAAACGGCACGUUUCCGAAGCAACGCCUCAAACCACGCACUUACUUAUUUAUCAGUCUUGUACAUAGUUUUGUAGCCCUUCCCCUUCCCAUCUUUUUUUUUUAUUUCUGUUGGUUUAUUUUUUUUGUAUAAUGGUGGAACCAUAUUAUGCAUUGCCGCUGCCUGAUAUCACCUCUGCCUCAGAAUAAUUGUCAUUAUUCGCUAAUUUUUAAUUAUAAUUUUUUUUCAGAAGAUAAGCUGUAUUCAUGUAUAUAAACGGAAACAAAUAAUCAGACCAAUCAUGACGAGAAACUCUUACCAUUUGAUUUGAAGAUAAAUGUUAAAAUCACGUCGAUGAAUUUGCACUUACAGGUGAAUAAGCAGAGAAAUAACGAAGAGGAGACUCAGUGUUUCUGAGACCAGGUUGAUAUCAGUGCAGCUUUGUGCAGAACUAUAUAUCACGCACCUAUACUUUGAAGAGAUAUAUGAGAUAACUGUUUUGUGGAGGUGACCAGCUCUAGGUUAGCAAGCGAGCUACCUGAAGCUUGUGUCAUCACAGGCCGAUUCAAUGGUGCUUUUUGGAGCUUUUUGUAAUUUUUGUGUACAAAAAAAAGAAAAAAAACUGUUCCAAAAUGACUUGAAUGAAUGUAUUUUUGUUUAUGUACAUGAAAAUGAAGCGAUACAGAAGUGGGAACAGGGACGUCUUCUGUGCUGGAAAAGACGGGAAAGUUAGCGUGUUUGGUGGCCUUCUGUCUUUUUUCUUUGAUUUGUUUGUUUCACCUUUUUUUACUUUUUUACUGAGCCUUUUACAUCAUAAUAAAACAUUUUCUACUAACAUUCAUAAAGAACCCAUAGUGAUUAAAAAAAAAAAAAAGCUCCUGUAGGUGCAAUGAUGAAGCCAAGCCAUUCACUUGUACAGCAUUGUGUUUGAUGGUAGUGGCUUCAGUUAGGCCGGCAGACAUGGUACUGCUUUUUCCCCCCCUCCCUCUCUCCCUCCCUCUCUCCUCCUGUCAACCUUUUGAGUUUUAAUUGCACUUAAUGUAGUUACACUUCAAGCCAAAAGCACUUAAACCUUUAAUUUUCCUGUAUUUUUUUGAAAGUGCAAACUUAGAUCCACCAAGUUACUGUAAUGUGAAGUGGACAGCAGUUGCUGGAAAUGACUCAAUCAACACCCCUCAUUUUCACAUGUAGGCAUUUCUUGCAGUGCAGAAAGGUCUGCCUCUGUGAAAUCGGAGAAAGUAAAUGAAUACAAAUUGCAUGAAUUAGACAGUAGAGGUCAAGCUCUCCCUGGGAACUAAAGGUCCCAGGCUAAAUUGCGAUGAGCCAAUUUUGCACAUUGCUGCACUUUUUGAUUAAGAGAAUAUGUAUUUAUCCGUUUAAAAAAAAAAACUCAAAAAGAAGUAUAUUUGCGCGAUAGGGCAGCAUACUGCAAGUGUUUUAUUUGAAAAAAGCUUUACCCAUGACUUGUUUUACUAAGUGGUCUUUAAGCCAAAAUCCCUUAUUUGUAAAGGGAUUGUUUUUUUAUUUUCCUUGUUUUCAUUUUGUCUAUUUUUCUCAUGCGUUAUCUUAUAAAGAAUCAUUGUUGCUUUUCUUUAUUUUUCUACUGAAAUCAUGUCAAAAAAAAAAAGUUGAUUGGAAAGAGAACAUUGUCAAUUGUCAAGACCAAAAUGUCAGCGAGAUGUGAUGUUAGGAUUGAAUCCGUCACGUCGUGCUCUCGAGCGAUUGUCCCCCUUUACACUGCUGUUUGUUUGUUCUUUUUUCAUUCUGUUGAUGUCUGGCAUGCUGUCUCUGGAGUGAAACGAGCAUCCCUCCAUCACACACACACACACACACACACACACACACAUACACACACUCUACUAUCUACGUUAUCUUUUAUACUCUAGUGCCACUUGGUGGAAGGAAACCACCCGAGACUUCUGGGAAUGAGUCAAACUUAAUUGUCAGGGUCACACAAAAAAAGAUAAAGAGAUAAAAAAGAAGAGUGUGUCCACUCUUGACACCUUUUUAAUAUGUCUGCCUUUUAUUAAUCAUGAAUGGCUGCACUUCUUUAUGUCCCCUCUUAGUUUGAGUGUAAUGUUUAAAAAGGUAACAGGGCUCUAUCCUUUUGAAAACCAAUAUUCUUCAGCACUUAUUCUGUUUAUUCUUGCCCAUUUGUAUGCAGCACAGUGACCUUUUUUUUUUUUUUUUUUUUAAAGCUUGACUACCUUCAGCACUUCAAAGUAUGCACGACAUGGCCCUCUCUCUCUUGGACACUUAAUUGUGUUGGAAACUAACUCCCUUGGUUGCAUUUAGUUAGCAUCAUACUGCACUGUCUACAAUCAGUGAGCUUUAUGUUUGGCUGUGUUUUAUGAUCAGAAAAAGGCUCAUCUAUCUUCUCUUUUGGCACUCGGUAAAGAUUGGUAUGUGCUGUACAAAGCUUUUUUUUAUUACUCCAUUGUUAAGGCUGUACAGGGUUGUGAUGAUAACUGGUAAAUAGAUCAUUUGUACUUUUUUUUUUUUUUGGUUUUGUAUUUGUUUUUCUUUUUUUUUUUGGCGUUAUUUUAUGUUCAAACUUGCCAGAUCUAAAUGUAACAGGAUUUGAAAGUAAAGCUUACAUCAGAUAUUA